GGGUGAGUGGGGGUGCGGUCAGCAGCAAGCAGGAAGCAGCUCGGCUCCUAAUGACCCAUGCUUCUUGACGCAGGAGAAUACGUAAGAACAACCUCACAUUUUGGCCACCACAUCCACUGAGCCAGCUGUCGCCCUGCACCUGCUCUGCACCAAGCCUCAAGCUGCUGAGCAGAGCUAUGAGAAUCCGGUCCUGCAACUGGGGCCGGUAGCCCCCACAGGCUUUGGUGUGUGACUCUAUUUGUGCUUUGGCCCUGUGGAGACCAGUGCGACCCAGGCGGCCACCAUGUCACAGCUCCUGGUGGCUAAGGUCCUCUGCAUGGUGGGUGUGUUCUUCUUCAUGCUGCUGGGCUCUCUGCUGCCAGUGAAGGUCAUCGAGGCCGACUUCGAGAAGGCACACCGCUCCAAGAAGGUCCUCUCCCUCUGUAACACCUUUGGGGGUGGCGUCUUCCUGGCUACAUGCUUUAAUGCACUGCUGCCUGCAGUGAGGGACAAGCUGCAGCAGGUACUGAGCCUGGGCCACAUCAGCACUGACUACCCGCUGGCCGAGACCCUCAUGAUGGUGGGGUUCUUCCUCACUGUGUUCGUGGAGCAGCUGGUGCUGACCUUCCGCCGGGAGCGGCCUCCCUUUAUAGACCUGGAGACCUUCAACGCUGGCUCAGAUGCCGGCAGCGACUCGGAGUACGAGAGCCCAUUUGUGGGUGUGGGCGGCCGUAGCCACGGCCUGUACCCUGAGCCCACUGCGCACAGCCAUGGCGCAGGGCUGCGGCUGAGGGAGCUGGGCCGCCCUGGGCCGCUGCGGCUGCUCAGCCUGGUCUUCGCGCUGUCUGCACACUCGGUGUUUGAGGGCCUGGCGCUGGGGCUGCAGGAGGAGGGUGAGCGUGUGGUCAGCCUGUUCGUUGGUGUGGCGGUCCAUGAGACGCUGGUGGCUGUGGCCCUGGGCAUCAGCAUGGCCCGAAGUGCAGUACCCCUGAGGGACGCGGCCAAGUUGGCGGUGACCGUGAGCGCCAUGAUCCCGGUGGGCAUUGGGCUGGGCCUGGGCAUCGAGAGUGCCCGCAGCGUGGCCAGCAGCGUGGCAUCGGCGCUGCUGCAGGGCUUGGCUGGUGGCACCUUCCUGUUCGUCACCUUCCUGGAGAUCCUGGCCAAGGAACUGGAGGAGAGGAGCGAGCAACUGCUGAAGGUGCUGUUCCUGGUGCUGGGCUACGCAGUUCUGGCCGGCAUGGUCUUUCUCAAGUGGUGAGCCCUGAAUCCCCAAAGGACACAGAGCGCGUCCCUAGCCAGCCAUGCUCAAGGGCCGCGGUUCACACACAGGGGCCUCCUGGGCUGUCACCGUUCUCUGCCCUCCUCCAGAACCUGGCUCUACAGACAUUGCUUUUAAAAACGUCUUAAAAGUUCUUUACCAAAGCCUGUGUGGCCAUGUUACCUCAUAUCCCGUCACCCUUCCCGUUUUUGUUGUUGCUCCUGAGCCAUCAAUUAUGGAGCCAGGGGUGGGGACUGCAGAUGGGGAGCAACAACCCCAGGGGUCCUGCCAUGUUCUCCCUGGAGCCAAGGCCCUGCUCACCCCCAUCACCCUGAGUUUUUCUGGUUGCUCCUGUGUGACAGGUGACAGUUUAUGAAAGGAACAGUACAUGUGGGUCAUAUGAGCAAGGGGACAGCCCAGAUGCUUGCCUGGCCCUCAGGAAUGGCCCCUCUUGUUCUCUUGCUCUGUUGUGAUCACCAGAGUGGGGGGGCCUCCCCCGCACACAGGGAAAGGCAGGAGCCGGGGAGACUCAGCACCUGGCAACGAGGAUGGUGCGUGUCACCGUGGUAACGCCAGCAUCUUGGGACAGCCUGAGUGAGGACUCUCUGGGGACAGAAGCCUGCCACAGCUUACCACCUCCCCUAGCCUGGGGUCUGUUUACCAGGCUUCACCUCAACACAUGGAUGCCGGAUGUCAGACUCCUCCCUAGUGCCCUGUCACCAUGGCCAGGUUACCAAAAUGACUUGUCCAGUGUGCCCCUACCCAGCUACAUUCAGAUGAUACAAGGCACAAAGAGACAGGGCCUUGGGGACAGCUGGGGUUUGGGCACUGUCCUCAGACCCCAUGUCUUAGUGCUGUAAUAAACCUGAGUUCACACUCUACUUGCAGACAUCAGGAACUAGGGCUCCCAGUGAGGGGCCCACUCUGCCGAUGGCUGAAGCCUCUCCUAGCAGUUUCUGGGGUUCUUUCCUGAGGAGCCACUGCUGAGCCCCAUGACGUCAAACCCUGACCAUGCAGGAGACCUGCCCACAAUGCCACUUGGCCUACUGUACUUCUCUUCCACCCCGACUUAACUAUGGGGUUGGGGGCGGGGCAUCCAAAGGGUUCUCCAGCUUCCCUUGGGGCCACCAAGACCCUGUAGGUAUGGGUUCAGGUGACAAAGACUAGUCCAGGGUAAGAAGAGCCAGGUACCUUGUCUGACCAUCCCAACAGGGAGUCUGCACCUUCCCCAUGGGUGCAUAAAAUGGCAUAAAAUCUCUCCUUCCCAGCACCAGCUGCUCUGCCCCUGGGGACAGCAACUUGAGGACCUGGACCCUCCCCAUUAGACCUCCGGGUCUCUGAGAGUCAUCCUAAGUGCCAACUCACCGGCCACUGGGGGGCCUCUGUAUCUCUUACUGAGUGUCAGUUUAGCUGACAGCCCCUGCCCCCAGCCACCAGGAGACCCUGGGCCAUGCUAGGACAGAUGCAGCUGUCAUGAAUGGAUAUGGAAGAGGAGGCCCAGGGUGCUGCAGGGCCCAGGCCGCCCCCACGCACUGUCUCCUGUGGGGGACACAGCAGGGACCCAGCUAGGCAGGAGAGAGAGGGUGGUGCGGGUGGCCCAGCUUCACUGCUGCUCUGUGUUUGUAAUAACAGCAUGUCAGCGUCUCCUAUGGCUUGUUUGUGUUCCCCUAACAAGUUAUUAGUGCAGGCGGGACCAGGCACAGCCAGCUCCUGGCAUCCUGCCCUGUGGGAUGGGAUGGGAGGGACCUGACCGAUCUUUGCCCUGCAUCCCACCUGCCCAAGGAAGCUUUUCAAGCCUGGUAUUGUCCCACAGGGCUAGGGUAUUUUCUGUGGGGCGUCCCUCCACCCCCCAGGUUGUCUCUGGAGUCCACCUGCUCUGAGCCAGGAGCUCCAUGGCUGAGGACAAUUGCGUGUGCCCAGAUGUCAUGCGCAGUCCUCCUGGGGAGGAGUCCCACCUGUAAGUCACCCCCCAGUGAUGAGAAAAGUGACAUCAGAACGCCCAGGCAUCAUUAGUGAGUGCUCCCACAGAAGAAAGAAAAACCCAGAGACACUGCCGGUGAGGGGCUCAGUGGGCGAAGGUGCUCGCCACCACGAGUGGCAGACCUUAGUGCAAUUCCAGGGACCCGUGUGCUAACAGAGCUGCCUCCUCACUGUUCUGAUCUCCACAGGUGCUCAGUGGCACACAUGCACACACUUGUGUGUGCUCGUCCCACACCCCCAAUGUAUGUAAUAACAGUUUUUAAACUAGGCAUGGCUGUCCACACCUUUAAUCCAUGCACCCCAGAGGCAGAAGGAUUUCUGUGAGUUCCAGGCCAGCCAGGGUUAUGAGUGAGCCCUAUUGCAAAAUAAAUAAACAAAUGGAGAUUUAAA